GAUGGUGGCCGAGGAGAUCGUGGUGUCCCUAUCUGGGGGAGCUCCGUGGGGAUUCCGGCUGCAAGGAGGAGCGGAGGAGCAAAGACCUCUCCAAGUGGCUAAGGUGCGUCGGCGCAGUAAGGCCUGCAGGGCGGGGCUAAAGGAGCAGGAUGAGCUGGUGUCCAUCGGAGAGCAUCAGUGUUCAGAGCUGAGCCACGCGGAGGCCAUGAAUCUGCUCGACCAACAUGGCAACAUGCUAACACUCAGGGUCAAGAGACCGUCCGUAUUCGCCUCCUCUUUGCUCCCGUCCAGGAUCCUGUCUCCCUCCUCAGACGUGCUCCAGAUCAGGGGCCCCUCGGCUCUCCCGGCGGGCGUAACUUCUCCUCCGGACAGCGAGGCGUAUUACGGAGAGACCGACAGCGAUGCAGACACCCAGAGCCUGAUGCCCCGACGGCAGCGCAGGACCCCGCCCCACGCUCGCUCCCCUAGUCGCUAUGACAACGAGGAGGAGACGUCUGAGAUGAGCGGAUAUGAAAGCGCCCCAGACGCCGUAGUGACGCAGCGGCAGUGGGACGUCCCGUACACGGUCGGGGUCCCGAAGCGUGAGCUCAUUUACCAGCCCCUGCAGCCGGACUGGGAAACCCCAACGCACACCCCCCACACCCUCACCCCUCACACCCUCACCCCGCACACCCUCUCCCCCACCCCCGACCUCAGCCUGGGCGAGGGGGACGGCGAGGGCGACAGCGGCUUCCAGGAGGCGGGGGUCCCAGGAGGGGGCAGUGUGGCCAUAACGUGCCCCCCUCUGGUGUCUCCGGAGCGGGCUAAGGAGGCGCUGAUGUUGGCGUCUGGUUCUCAACUGGUGCCGAUGGUGGGACCUCAGGAGAGCGCGGUCAACGACGAGCUGUCCACUACCUACAAGGACAAAGCGCGUCAGGCCAAGCUGCCGCGUGGGGAGAGUCAAGUGGAGCGACAGGUGAAAGAAGCUCGCACUAAAUGCCGUUCCAUCGCCUCGUUACUGACUGACGCCCCCAACCCAAACUCUAAAGGCGUUCUUAUGUUCAAGAAGCGUCGGCAGAGGGCCAAGAAGUACACGCUAACCUGUUUCGGCAAAGCUCCAGAAGACAAAGGCUCGGAGACAGAAGGAGAGACUGAAGAGGAAGGAGGGAGCUCUAUUUUGAGUGGAUCCGAAGUUGACGAAGAAGGUUUCUCUGCGUCGUACGACCCGACUUGGGACAGUGGUUACUUAGAUCUGUUAGAAAGGCGAAGCUCUGCGUGUCCGUCAACCACCCCGACGACUCCAACGUCCAAUCACAACCUUGCUUUGGACUUCUCAACCAACCAGACACCUCCAUUUGCAAAUUCGAGUGUUCAAAGCCCCAAGUUGGAAGCUGUCUCAGGUCUUGACACGUUGGCCUAUCAGGAUUCAAAGCUGGAGAACGGAAUCGCGAACCAACCAAUCAGCUCAAGCUAUAUUCCGAUGUCUCCGCCAGCUAUGCCGUUAACCAAUGGGGGAGCAGUGGAGGUUAGCCGUGCUAGCGUCAUGCUAACUCCACCAACGCAACCUCCAAUACCAAGCCAAAAUACCCAACAAGACAAUCCAAGCUAUGAUUUGAACACAACCUUUAGCCCGAGUGCUGCUAACAAUGUUCUAAAUCGCACAGCACGCCCGUUCACUCCCGGUCCAAGCACAUCGUCUCGCCCGUCAGUAACCUCCGUAAUGUUCCGUCCUCCUCAACCUAAACCUAUAUCCUCACCUGCUGCACCCGUCACAGCGGUUUCAAUGAUGACUCUUUCGCCUCCACGGCAACCGGAUGCAAAACGGGCAGUAUCGAGCACGUCCCUGUACAUCCCCGCAAGAAACGCCAAUGGGAAUUCCACAGAGGCUUCUUCCAUUCAUUCUCCGCCAUCGUCUUUGUCUUCUGCCACUACGAUCUCCCAACCGAAUCCGAAUCAUCCCACAUUUUCACCACAAUCUUCAAUAAAUCCAACGUUUAAUCCGCAAAUUCCUCAACAUGUGACAUCUCCGGUAACUCCAAAUUAUCAAUAUGCAAGCGGCGUUCCUCCUAUGUCUCACCCUUAUCCACCACAAGCUCCAAAUUUCCCACCAUCUAUGAAUCCUGUUUACAACUCACCAACUCAACAACAAGCCCCACCAACUCCUAACUGCCAGUAUGCUAGCAAUGCUCCUCCUAUUUCACAACUGUAUAUACCUGAUGCUAACCAAAUGCCAACGCAGCCGCCUCCAUCUACACCUGCCAAUUCAUAUUUCAACACUCAAGUGCCAAUGGCUUCCUCCAGCGUCCAACCAUCUCCUCCAGUUCCCAGCAAUGACUCCCUUGCAUCUCGUGAGCAGCGUAUCGCCGUACCAGCCGUCCGCACAGGGAUCCUUAGUGAGGCGCGAAAACGUAGUCAAAAGAAGCCCAUGUUUAGCGCUCUACAAAGCAAAGACGUCAACCCAAAUCCCGACUUACUUUCGAUUAUUCAAAACAUGGAUGACAGCAAAGGUCCCAAUAACGAAGCUAACGGCGGAGUCUCUAUACCUGAAGCGGGGCACGAAUCUGGACCGGAGGAAGAUUGGUUGAGACUGGGAGCGGAGGCGUGCAACUUCAUGCAGGCUCAACGGCAACCAAAACCACCGCCGGUUGCACCAAAACCGAAAGGGGCAAGUGUUCCCCAACUGCAAGAACUACCCCAAACCCCCCAGAUGCCCGUUCUCGGAGGGAAAGGCGGUCAGCUGUUUGCCAAAAGACAAAACAGGAUGGAUCGAUAUGUUGUCGAAAGAUCUCCAUCUGUCGCGGGGAUGCCAUAUUCGCCGGCCCAAACCAGAGAAUCUUCACCUACGCCUUCUCUCCCUGCGACUUGGAAAUAUUCGUCCAACAUUCGUGCUCCUCCUCCGAUCAACUACAACCCACUUUUGUCACCAUCUUGUCCCCUGGUAGCACAGAAAAAGCAAGAGCCACCCAAGUCUGGUUCCGUCAAAACCAAGAAGACACCUCGGAAACCUGUGGAUCUCAUGAAUCACCAACCAUACCAGCUAAACUCCAGUUUGUUUAGCUACGGGGGAGGUGCGAACCAAGAUAUUCCCAAUCCACAAAAAGUUACUCCCGGAAAAGUCCACAAAACGGCAAAAGUGAUUGAAAUUAAGCGUUUUUCGACUCCGCCUCCAACGACAACAGGCCCAGCGUUGAAAGUCAUUGCCCCAAGAUCGGCUACCACUCUCGGGCAGCCAAUGUGGCGAUCCGACAUAACGUCUCCACCACCUCAAGCUAAUGCCGCUAAUGCUAUGCCUUACCAAGUUCCAUACCAGCAACCGCAAUGGGACUCUGCUCCUCCCCCUGCUCCAACUGCCCCUCUACCCCAGCUGCCCACCUUCUCUUCCCCCCUGAAGGCAAAUCAAACCCCAGGUCCUGCACAGGCCAACAGGCAGUUCAAAAGUGUGCCAGAUUUGAGUCCCAUGAACUCACCUGGGAAUUCUUCACAAUCCAACCCACAGAUCAGGGUCCCACGGCCGCGUUUCAGCACCUCUAACCUGGGACUGCAGCCGAGCGUGUGGCGGCCGGGGUCCACUCUGUACUGAAAAGGCAUUUACUGAAGAUCAUCACAGGAUCUCAGAAGCGCUCUGACAUCCGUGGGUUUCUGAAUGGUGAAAAAUUGGUUGGACUGUUGCCAUAGCGAUAAUAAUUUAACCAAUGAAUAGAGUCUAAAUUGGGCUCUACUAAAAGUGUCGCCACAAAAUGUUCUAGAACAAAUCUAUUUUUGUGUUUAUGUUAUUUAUGUUUGAUCCUUCUUAAAGGCCCACUGCGUAACUUUUAAUGUGAAAAACAGACGAAAAUAAAAGCAUAUAUAUUUUCAUUUGGGCCUUUACCUGUUUGUCGCCAUGGAAACGUUGCCUUGAAUAAAACCUUUCACCAUGCGACAUAAAGUAUAUCUGUUUCUGUGGAGAAUGUUCCAGAAUAUGGCUUGAGCUUUCUAUUUCCAUAGAGAUAUGCAAGUGAUGUGCCGCCACGAAAAAGUUACACGGUGUUGCUUUAAUGUAGGGAUGAAAAGUCAUGAUUCACAAAACAGUUUUAUUUUUUCCUAUCUGAAUUAUUGUUUGUGGAGCUAGCUGCAUUCAAGACAGACUGUAUAUUUAAAUGGACAUAGUUAACCUGCUAGCCGUCGCGUUUCAAACAGGAAGUGAUCAUGUGCACGCUUCCGGCUCAUUUUGGUCUUAAAAUGUUCGUAUUAACUCCCUCUACAUGAUCCUGGGUUUUUUAUUUCACUAUUGUGUCUGUAAAUCAAGAUAUGAACAUGAAUAACAGACAAAUCAGGCACCUUCUCUCCCCACUAGCGUUAGCAACAGGUUUGAUUGAUCGUUACCUCCAACAGCCUCGCUCCGGAUUGGCUCUUUGGUUGCUAUGGUACUCGCGGUUGGAAAUUCAAAUAUGGAACACUGCUCCAAAUUACCCCCGAUAACAGCUUUGGCCUCGAUGAGCUUCAUUUACCGAACGUUGUGGGUAACGUCACACUCACUUAGUCCACUUCUUUAUACAGUCUGUGGUAAAGAGUUCAGUCAGUUUAAUGGAAGUUGUUUAAAUAAAUCUAUAGGUUACGUAGUUUUGGAGACCCUCACAGUUUGAUCAUCACAGACAAACCUUGUAUAGUGCAUUUGAUGUGUUUUAUGUUUUAUGUUUUAUUCACAGUUUAAAGGGAACACUGUCUGAGGAUUGGGUCUGAUAGUUAAAGGUGCUGGGUGGAAAACUGAACAGUAAACAUGGGCAUUUCAACUAGAUGUUAAUCCUGAAAUAGUAAAAUAUUUACUUUUGUUAAUUUAAUGAUUUACUUCAUUUUUACCCUUUCUUUUUAUUUAUUUCCUUUUCUGCCAUGACAAUGAUAAACUUGUUUUUAUUUUAUUUUUUGCGCUGUGUUUGACUUCUACAAAGCACCUUUAACAAAACUAAAAGGGCAUUGAAACGAUUUAGAAGAAAUUGAUCCUGGAAAGUGAUGUAAAUAUUGUACCGAAGAAGUUAGAACAGAGAACGAGACGAGGAUGUUGUUUCUACGACGAGAACGACGAGAGAGACGCAGAGACUGGUCCAGUGACGCUCAUCGGGGCUUCUGUUCAUUUGUUUAAAUAGAUUCUUUCUUCAGUUUGGACUGCUCAGGGUGGUCACGUGAUGCUGCUGUGACAUGCUAAGUGUUUUGUGUUUUGACCAGUGUUUUGACCAGUGACAGCAGGACGACAGCGCCAUCUGCAGUCCGACUUCUUCAGGACAGUAUCCUUUAACCCGGGACGAGGGAGCCUUUUUACUGUCACACACCUGAGAUACUGUCCUGAAGAAGUCGGACUGCAGAUGGCGCUGUCGUGUUGCCUCCACUGGUAGAAAGACGGCGCCAAAGCUUGUUUAAAUCAGCUCAGCACAGCAACAUCAUGUGACCACUCUGAGGCGCUAAUGAGCAGUCCAAACUGACAGGGAUGAAAACAAACUAAGCCCUGGUCUGAUGACAGAAUCUAUCAAAGUAAAAGCCCAGAAACGUGAUAUUUGAAGGUUUUGUGUCACUUCUUUUCCAUUUGUUUUGAUGAGUGUUUGAACGGCACAGGGUAAAACAUGAUGUAACGGGAUAUAACAGGUUUUCAACACUUUUUUUUUAUUAACCUAUUUUAUACAUCUUAACAAAUGAAAUCAAAAGCACACUGUCUAAGAGACAACAACCACCUCCUCGUAUCCAUGGAGAUGUUAUUGCUUUGCUUGGAAUGUCCCGCAGCAUGGUAUCAAUCGCGUCUAUGUCUGGAUGGACAGGUAGCACCACCAGGCCGAGUUACAGGUCACAUCCAUCUUAUGUAUAAGUAUAAGUACAAGGUUGAUAAGUUCAAUGUCAGACUGUGGAGCAUUCCAUGUUGAGCUAAAACAUCUGCAUGGCAACCACCAGGGGGCAGCAAAGUUAAAUGGUGGAGCUUUCAGACUAGAUUAAAUGUAACUGAUUUGAAUUAAAAACAGGAAAUUGCCUUUUACCUCCAGAUUAGACUAAACAGAAUGUAAAUCAGAAUCUCUUUUACUCUGGAGUGAUUUGAGACUGAGUUGUAGCCGUGUGUUUUGUUUAUUUUUGUGCUUAAAAUGUCGUUCUUUCAAUUGAAGACACUUGCAUAGUUUUGAUGUUUGUUUGCAAGCUACAUUUUGUUAGCUUUUUGUUCCUCCACUCAGACACACGCUGCUAAAUAAAAAGUGACCUGA